ACAGGAUGGGUGGGAAACUUGGGAAAUCAUUGUCUUUUCUCGGAUUCAGUCUCCUCUGCUUUAAAAUGAUUGCUUCAGCUGCCACAGCUCCCGAAAUCCCCACUAUUGAUCGGGCAUAUUCAAAACUUAGCAACAGCAUCACUGUGGAAUGGGCAGCAGUUCCGGGGGCCGCUAAUUAUCUCCUCACGGCGCAGGAUGGGGAGUCAUUCAUCGAAGCUCUGGUCACUCAUUCCCCGGGCACAGUUACGGGCCUGAAGGCAGCGACCGUGUACAAAAUCACCGUCAGAUCCAUCAGUGCUGGCGGACGAAGCCAAGCAUCUCCUUCAAAGAAGGCAAAGACAGUUUUGGCUGCCCCUGCUGUUGCUGCACAUUCUACAAAUUCCGACUCUCUUCUGGUACAGUGGGAAGCUGUAAAUAUGGCGGUCGGAUUCUCCUUGUCCGUCGUUCGAUCCGACGGGCUGGGUAAAAUGUUGAAAAGAAACACCACGGACACUUCCUUGCUAUUCACCGGCCUAGAUGCCGGGACCCUCUAUACCAUAACAGCGUAUGCGUGGGAUGCUGAUGGAGUCCCAGGAGAUGAUGCCACCUAUAAUCAGAGAACAAGUCCUCACGCUCCCGCAGACAUUCAAGUGGAUUUUGAUGGCGGAGAACUGACGGCUUGUGUUUCUUGGACACCGACAGAAGGAACCGCCCGGUACACUGUGAUGGCUUCCGGAGGAGCGGUGAUGCUGAACUGCAGCACAUCCUCCACCUCCUGCUCCAUUUCUUCCCUCCAGUGUGGAGCGGAGUACUUGAUUUCGGCACUCGCAAGUAACGACGCUGGCUCUAGUACACCCGCUAAAGCUGUGGCCUUAAAAACUGUUGCGUGUGCACCCAGAAACGUAGUAAUUCGAGAAGACAGCCCCGGCCGCCUGUCUGUGUCAUGGUCUAACGUGGACUUCGGGGAUUACUUCGUGGCCUUUGUGAAAAGUGACGAUGGUUUGGAAGCGCACUGCAACACAUCACACACCCACUGCGAUUUCCCAGCCGAGUGCGGUUUCACUUACUUCAUCAGCGUCUUUGCCUAUAACGAGGCGGGCCAGAGCCCUCUGGGUCAUGUGUUCAACUACACCACCGCACCAUGUUGCCCGAGUGACUUUAAUCCGGUGUUCGUGUCCAGCGAUACAGCUGAGAUCGUCUGGUCUCCGGUCCGUGGUGCCGAAAUGUACGAAACGAAAGCUGUUGAUGGGAGCAGUGUGGUGCAGUGUAAGGACACUGCCGCAGCCUGCACCCUUUCUACCUUGCAGUGCGACACCAAAUACACCAUCACUGUCUACUCUUUCAGUGAAAUCAGAGGGAGCAACACAUCAUGUGCCUCCAAAUCCAUAACAACAGCUCCCUGUCGUCCCGAAAUUAAAAACGUUUCGAAGGACACCUCCAAAGUUAACGUGCACUGGCUCUCCACUAACAAGGAAGCAACCUACACCGCGAUGGCCAGCGGGCCCGUGGGGCUGUACAACUGCACCGGCAUGGGGAAGUCCUGCACCAUAACCGACCUUCCUUGCGGAUCAGUCUUCUCCGUCAGUGUGGUGGCCAAAACAGGAGCCGGACAGAGUUUACCCAGCUACAGUGUGCCUUUGGAGACAGCUCCUUGUUGCCCAGUUGACCUGACAGUAACUCAAGUCACCCAAUCUGUAGCCAACAUCAGCUGGACUGUCGGGAUUGGGGCACAGACCUAUAUGACAAUUCUGGAAUCUCUCAGAGGCCAAUCCAGAUGUCACACUCUUCAACAUCACUGCCAACUGGGAGGUAUUUCUUGUGGGACCAACUACACUGUGGCACUGAAAGCAAUUAGUGCUACAGGCAUGACUUCCAACUGCACCUAUCAGAGUUAUUCCUCCAGUGCUUGCUGUCCCUCGGGAAUGAAGUUACAUAGACUGAACAACAACGGCAUUCGGCUCUAUUGGCGUGCCUCUGAAGGGUUAGGAAACUUCAGCACACAUCUCUAUGGAUCAAAAGGCAUUUUUCCUUGCGCCCCAAAUUCCAGUUUCAGUUAUUGUGAUGUCGUGGAGAUACCCUGCGGAGAUGUCUACACAGUUGUGAUCUCUCCAGUUGCUGACUCAAAUCUGCAAUUCACAUUCUGCCCUAAGAGGAUAUAUUCAGUAACCUGUUCCGGAAGUUCUGUUGGAAUGGUGAUUUACAGAGGAAAGAGGAAUGCGGAAUGACCCACUGAAUUCUGGAAGGAAACCAAUUCAAACGAAAUUGAAGAUGCGGAGUGGAAAAGACCAUUGGGGGAACCAACUCUAGGGAAUAUAGUUUAAUUCACCCUCUCCGUUCUUUUCUGAAAUACUUCAAAUUUUCAGUUAGCAAGUCGGAGCCCUUUUAUCUAGGUAUGCAAUCUAGUGCUCCCUGUUAAAUGAGGAUUAUUUGGACACCUGAGGGCCAGGCACAGAUUGGAUACCUCAGCUAAUAGAAUGGAUGGAUGGAUGUUUGGCAUUUCAUUCUGUCGACUUGGAAAAAGAAAACUGGAGCAGGAUGUUUCAUUAAAAAAAAUAGUGGUGUGUUACUUUGUUUUCCUGACCUAAUGAAAUUUCUGAAUGAAUUUGCUUACUUCUAAGAAG